UUUUCUCCGUUUCCGCAUCCUCAAAUUUUUUAAAAAAUUUUUCUCUAUGAUAGUCGGCUUAUAAUAAAUUAUUAUCCUGUUCGUUGUACUGUGUAGUAAAAGAAGGAAUUAUUAAACUUUAACAAAUUAGGUAUCCCGUUUGUCGUUCACUGGCCUUUUUUUAUUUACGUGAUUAUAAUCGAUGGACCCUCCCACAUUCAUAACCUCCGAUAUAGAUACUGAUAAUUUAGUAUCUGCAAAUAACCUUGAAGGACAAGCCAUAAAAAGAAAACGUUUGACUCAAGCAUGUGACGCGUGUCGAAAGAAAAAAGUUAAAUGUAGUGGUGACAAGCCUUCAUGCAAUAAUUGUACGCGACUUGGUACAACAUGUACCUACCUACCUAGUACACGUAAAAGAGGCCCUAGAGUUGGCCUCGUGGAAAGUUUGGAGAAACGUCUCCAACAAAUGGAAAAACUUUUACAACCACUUAAAGAACAAGGAAUUGUUGAUACCCCUGAAGAUAAAAAACCAAUAAAGAAACCACGGUUAGAUUCAAAGAAUACCGAAACCGAUAAUUCAAAUAUUCCUGUUAAUCCUUAUAAUGAACGACAUUCACAACAAUCAUUUAGUAGUCAAACAGAAUUUAUUAAUAUUUUUUCCCAACCACCACAAACGGAACAACAGCAGCAGCAUUCUCAACAAAAACAAACUUCAAACAUAGAUAGUUCAAACAAUAUAACAAAUGAAGAGGAGGAGGAGGAGGAAGAAGAAGAAGAAGACCUUAUAUUUUUCGGAAAUUCAGCAGCAGCUCCAGGAUAUGUUAAUCAAAGAGAAGCUUUUGUCCAUUGUGAUCGAGAUCCACCUAUAAAAUCCGAACCUUCGGAAAUUAAUGAACAUUCAUCUCCGACUGAGUUUAGUAAUUCGGCUGAAAAUAUUCCGAUAUAUUCACCAAUAACUUCUAUUGUUAGUAAUAGAAAUAAUGGAUUGCCACCGGAAGAUAUUGUUGAACAUCUUGUCGCUUGUUACUUUCGUCAUAUAGAUAUUCAAACGUCGAUGUUUCACGAGGCCACUUUUAUGAGACAAUUAAGACAGAAUAAAAUUUCUCCUUUUUUAAUAUAUGCAAUAUGUGCUGUAACAGCAAAAUAUUCUGAACAUCAAUCUAUCGUUCAGAAACUUCCUUAUAUGUCCGGCGAACCUUUUGCAGCUAUUGCUAUAACCAAAUAUUUAUUUGGGACGUUUGAUAAUCCUUCCGUUGAAAAUGUUCAAGGUUUGAUAUUAAUAACUACACACAUGUACGGUGUAGGUAAAGGACCAAGUGCAUGGAUGUACACAGGAUUAGCAGUAAGAAUGGCUCAAGAGUUGGGUCUUCAUAAAGUAGAUGAAGCAGGAUCCAAACCAAAUUCUGAAGGAAUUUUCAUUCAAAAUGAGGUUAGAAGACGUACAUUUUGGGCUUGUUUCCGACUUGACAGACUUGCAGCUUGUGCACUUGGUCGACCAACAUUAAUCGAUGAGGAUGAUUGUGACGUGAGAUUACCUUGUAAUGAAACAAUCUGGAAUUUAGAACAUCCCUUUGAAAGUCCAUUAAUUGAUGAAAUCUUCAAAGAAGAUCAUAUUAAACGUGGUACUCGUUUAUCCCUUACAAAUAUAGGAAUGGGUGCAUGUCUUGUUAGUGUUACAGCUUUACUUGGACGCGUUUGUCAACAUGUUAAUAGAUCAAAACCAUAUGAUGCAUUGCCACCUUGGGAUUCCAAUUCCAAAUUUGCUGAAUUAGAAAAUGAAUUGGAUACAUGGUACAAAUCAUUAACGCCUCAUUAUACUUAUACCAGGGAAAGAAUGCAACAAUUAAUGGCUGAUGGAACGGGAACAACGUUCACGUUGGUUCAUUUACUUUAUUAUUCAGCUAUUGUAGUAUUAAAUCGACCAAAUCUUAUUUCCCUUCAAAAUAAUGAAGUAAUGGAUUGCCAUAUAAAUUUUAUGCAAGCGUCAGCCAAGAGAUGUUGUACUGCGUCAAAGGUAAUCUCUUCCAUAGCAGAAGAUAUUGUUCGUUAUGGAUGUCAUAUAUGUUCAUUUGCUUUAUAUCCUGUAUUUGUUACCACAACUAUUCAUCUCAAUAACAUUUAUAGUGAAGAUAUUAAUAUUGCAGAAGAUGCUAAAAAGAAUUUAUCUAUAAAUGAACAAUUUAUAAAGUUAAUGGAACCUUAUUGGGCAAUUGCGUCUAAAUUAUUACUUAUUGUCAAGGAGAUGAGAAAGGUUCUAGAUACGCAAUAUAAUAAAGGAAAUAAUUCAGAACAAGGAGAAGAAAUUUCUAUCAACACAGGAUUUAAAAGUUAUUUGAACCGGGUUAGUAAUAACAAUUCUUUAAUUGGAUCAACAACAACAACAACAACAACAUCAUCAUCAUCAACAACCAACCUUGAUAAUAUUAUUAUACCCGAACAAUUAUUAUCACCACGUUGGUAUAACGAUACAACAAUUAUGGGAGAUUCUUGGACUAGUUUCCUUCGUUCACCCGGUCCUUUUUCACCUAGUAUGUUACGUUUAAUGAAAAAAGAAAAUGAUAAUUCAAAUAAUUCAAAUCAAGAUAAUUCGUAUGAUUAUUUUUCACAAGAUUUAACAACAUAUAAUGCGCCAACUACACUAGUUUAUGAUGGAUAUCCAAUGAUUGAUAUGUCAUUGGAUUGGUCCACGACAGGUAGAGUAUUUCCAUUAAAUCGUCCUAUAAAACAUUGGACUGACAUCAAUGGAAAUGUUAUGAAUUCAGCGAUUGAAGGUACUACUCCUACAACUUUUACCCCUUCAUUAGCCACAACUACUUCUACAGGUGAAAUUAAUAUAGAUUCACUUCUUAUAUAAUAAUUCGAAUAAUAAUUUAAAAAAAAAAAAAAAAAA